ACCCGAGGGAGGGCGAGGCUCGAGGGGGGGGAAGCGAGGGAAAAGUGCAGCCGGGAGGAGAAGGCGGCAGAAGGUGGGGAUUGAUGCUUCUGUGUUUUGUUGCCGCUGCUGUCCUCGCGCUGGGAGCCGGGCCGGAGGGAAGGCGGUGGAGAGAUGAUUGCAGAGUUGGUGAGCAGCGUUCUGGGGCUCGCCUUGUAUCUCAACACCCUGAGCGCGGAUUUCUGCUACGACGACAGCCGUGCUAUCAAGACUAAUCAGGACCUCCUCCGAGAAACUCCAUGGACACACAUUUUCUACAACGAUUUUUGGGGGACUCUUCUAACACACAGUGGCAGCCACAAGUCCUACAGGCCCCUCUGCACUCUUUCCUUUCGUCUGAACCAUGCCAUUGGAGGCUUGAAUCCCUGGAGCUACCAUCUUGUCAAUGUCCUGUUGCAUGCGGCUGUCACUGGCCUCUUCACGAGCUUCUCCAAGAUCCUCCUCGGUGAUGGAUGCUGGACAUUCAUGGCUGGCUUGAUGUUCGCUUCCCAUCCCAUUCACACAGAGGCAGUGGCAGGAAUCGUGGGCCGGGCUGAUGUCGGGGCCAGUCUGUUCUUUCUCCUCUCCUUGCUCUGCUACAUUAAGCACUGUUCUACAAGAGGCUACUCAGCCAGGACCUGGGGCUGGUUCCUGGGCACCGGACUGUGCGCGGGAUGCAGCAUGCUGUGGAAGGAACAAGGAGUGACUGUUCUCGCAGUCUCUGCGGUUUAUGAUGUCUUUGUCUUUCACAGGCUGAAAAUGAAGCAGCUCUUACCUGCCAUUUACAAAAGGAAGAAUUUGUCUCUUUUUCUCAGCAUUAGCUUGUUAACUUUCUGGGGAACCUCCCUUUUGGGAGCCCGGUUCUACUGGAUGGGAAACAAACCACCGAGCUUUUCCAACUCAGACAACCCAGCUGCAGAUUCGGAUAGCCUCCUGGCCCGAGCACUUACCUUCUUCUAUCUGCCAACCAAGAACCUCUGGUUGUUGCUCUGUCCAGAUACCCUCAGCUUUGACUGGUCCAUGGAUGCUGUGCCUCUGCUGAAAACAGUUUGUGACUGGAGAAACCUACACACUGUGGCCUUCUAUACUGGACUCCUCCUCCUUGCCUACUACAGUUUGAAGAGCCCAAGAUUAGAAAGAGAACACAAUGGGAGAGCUGUCACAAAUGGCAAGCAGAAUGCUAAUGGGCAUAGCUGCCAUUCAGAUGUGGAGUACCGGAACUCAGAGCUUAAGCCCAGCUUUGCCUCCAAAGUAGAAAAUGGCAUUAAAAAUAGUGUAUCACAGACAACACAGCUCCCUUCUACAGAGAACAUUGUUGUUCUGUCUCUGUCUUUGUUGAUAAUACCCUUUCUUCCUGCUACAAACUUGUUUUUCUAUGUUGGCUUUGUAAUUGCAGAGCGAGUAUUAUAUAUUCCUAGUAUGGGCUUCUGCCUGCUGAUUACAGUGGGUGCUAGAGCUCUUUAUGUCAAAGUCCAAAAGCGGUUUCUCAAGAGCUUGAUUUUUUAUGCUACAGCUACAUUAAUUGUUUUCUAUGGACUCAAGACUGUGAUCAGGAAUGGAGACUGGCAGAAUGAGGAAAUGCUGUAUAGGUCUGGGAUAAAAGUAAACCCAGCUAAAGCAUGGGGUAACCUUGGAAAUGUUCUGAAGAGUCAGAGCAAAAUUUCUGAAGCUGAAAGCGCCUACAGAAAUGCUUUGUACUACCGUAGCAACAUGGCUGACAUGCUUUAUAAUUUAGGAUUGCUUCUUCAGGAGAACAGCAGGUUUGCAGAGGCCCUCCAUUAUUAUAAACUGGCCAUUGGGAGCAGGCCUACCCUGGCUUCUGCAUAUUUAAAUACUGGCAUUAUUCUAAUGAACCAAGGAAAGACUGAAGAAGCCCGGCGGACAUUCCUAAAGUGUUCUGAGAUUCCAGAUGAAAACCUAAAGGACCCUCAUGCACACAAGAGCUCUGUCACCAGCUGCCUGUACAACCUGGGGAAACUCUAUCAUGAGCAGGGGCACUAUGAGGAAGCCCUGACUGUAUACAAAGAAGCAAUUCAGAAAAUGCCCAGACAGUUUGCCCCACAGAGCUUGUACAACAUGAUGGGUGAAGCGUAUAUGCGAAUGAGCAAGCUCCCCGAAGCAGAGCAUUGGUAUAUGGAGUCCCUGAGAUCCAAAACGGACCACAUCCCUGCUCAUCUCACCUAUGGCAAGUUGCUAGCUCUCACGGGUCGUAAGAGUGAGGCUGAAAAGUUCUUCUUGAAGGCCAUUGAGUUGGAUCCCACCAAAGGAAACUGUUACAUGCACUAUGGUCAGUUUCUUCUGGAAGAAGCUCGCCUCUUAGAAGCAGCUGAGAUGGCAAAAAAAGCAGCUGAGCUAGAUAGUACAGAGUUCGAUGUUGUCUUUAAUGCUGCCCACAUGCUCAGACAGGCUAGCCUCAAUGAAGAAGCCGAAAAAUAUUAUGAUCUGGCAGCCAGACUCAGGCCUAAUUAUCCAGCGGCUCUGAUGAACCUAGGAGCCAUCCUGCACCUCAAUGGCCGACUCCAGAAAGCUGAAGCCAACUACCUGCGAGCCCUGCAGCUCAAGCCAGAUGACGUCAUCACGCAGUCCAAUCUUCGCAAGCUGUGGAACAUCAUGGAAAAGCAAGGCUUAAAGACUUCCAACACCUGACACAGGAGGAUAGAAAUCUCAUCCUCCUCCAUUUAAUAAAGCUGGCUUCAUUAACAGUCAAAACUUUCCAGCAGUGCUAUGAUCAGAGCUCAUUUUUUACUUCAAGACUCAGGCGGAGGUCAUUGAAGUCACUGAAUCCACUUCGCUGGUUGGCACAGCCAUUAACACCAAAAAGGGGUACAUUGGAAACCUCCAGGACGAUGUAACCGUCACCCACGGACUGCAAACCAGAGCACUUAAACGGGGUCUUUUGGCAUUCUUAAAAGGGAGAGGGGUGUGUCUAAAUUACAAAUUUUGUUCCUUUAUUUGAAAGCUAACUUUGAAACUGUAAUGUUCCUUAAACACUGUGAGGGGAAGUCAGAGUGUCCAUUCAACCACAGUAAACUAUUGAGGUUAAGUGUUAAUAGGGAGAAAUGAAAACAGCCUGAAACGCAGUGAGCCCAUGGUUGUCCUAACGCUGCUGUCUUCCCUCUUUGGGACAGCCUGCUUCUCAAUUUCUCAAGCUUAGAAAACUUCUGUUUGUCUGUUUGCUUGUUUUAUUCAUAUUGUGUGAGGAUCUGUCAGUGUCUAUACUGGUUUCUUAAUUGGUACACAUAAUGUUUUAUGAUUUGAACGUCACCGGUUUCACAAUUUUGAACUUCACUUGCUUUUCCUGCUCUGAAAAGGUUGUGGAGAGAAGAGCUAACACACUUUGCACUGGUGUUGGAAAGUGGGCUGGAGAGGCUUUAUGUGUAUUUGGCAGGCAGUUUUUUUAAUGUUGCCAAUAUUUUCCCCCAAACCACCUAGUAGAAUUCAUUGUAUUAAUUCUUUUGAAAUUUCCUUUUAAUAUGGUUAUUCUUGGUGAAUCUGCGCACUUAGUGUUCCAGUUUUGCUAACCAGUUGAAGGUACAUUUUGAUUCUCAGAUUUUGCUGGUUUAGAAAAUCAAGGCUAUGCAAAGAAAUAUGUGAUCAUGAUUGCCACUGAUUUUGUGUUUUGCAAAGAGUUGGUAUAAAAUCCUUACCAAAUUCUAAUAGGUAUCUCAACAACAGUGCAGAUAAAUCUACAAGAAAUGUUUUUAUCUCAUUUUGCUCUUACUGAGAGAUGUCAAAAAUGACUCCUUUUAACUGCAGUAAAGUCUGUGCUUUUCUUAGUUGAAAAACUAUUUUUCACUAGUAAAUCAUAUAUUUUCUUUCAUUACUUGUUAUCAACCAGUUCAAUGAUCUUUCAUGAGAAAAAAGACCAUA